AUGCCUGCCACUCGUUCGCCCAAGCAGCGCAAAAUCUCGAACAGCUUCCAGACUGUUAAGAAUGCUCGCACGUCUUCUGGAAAGAAAGCAGCGACGAAGGUAGUCUCAAAGAAGAACCAUCAGCCAUCACCCGUCACACAUUCCAUCUCCGAUGGAACCUCGUCAUCGGGCGAAGAAUCUGAAUACACUCCGCUCCCUCCAGGCUCCAAGCUGGAUGUCAAGCGCUACGACAAAUACCACAAAUCUAUCAAACCUAGAUUCGGAAUGGGUCAAUCCCCUAUUCAUAUUGAAGGGGAGAACAGAGUUCACGAAAUUCUCCGCAUGUUUGACUUGUCCUACGAGUAUGGGCCCUGCGUGGGGGUCACUCGUUUAGAACGUUGGGAACGUGCUCAGUCACUUGGAUUGAAUCCUCCACCAGAGGUGAAAGAAAUUCUUCAGACGCAAGAGGGUCAAACGGACGAGAAAUAUUCUCGCGACGUUUUCUGUCACGAAGGCAUCUAAACAUCCAAUCAGCCCGCGACUUUUCCCAUUCUCGCCCCUCGAUCCUGCUUCUGCCCAUAGUUCCUUGUGUUUUGUGCUAGUAUCUCAGCUCCAAUGGACGUUACCGUUCUUCAUUUUUCAUUUUCAUAUUCCGGACUAGGCUCCACCAUAUCAUGAAUUAUCUGCUAUAUUCUUAUGUCCUGAACGAUAAUGUAUACAUUAGGUAGUUAUUUAGGUUUUGACUAAACGGCGUGCAAUAGGCAAGGUUGUACUCUGC